AUGCAUGCAAGAUGGAGACCCAGAUGCUACGAAAGAGUAGACAAACUGGUUCGGAGGUGGUCUGGUUCUCCAGACAAUCGUUUCCCAUUUUCGUCCCAGAAUGAUGAUGUUAUGAUUUAUGAGUUUUAUGAGGCUGCUCGUGAUGAGAAUCGAUAUGUGUACAACUUUGUUGGCGUAUUGGACGAAGUUUCUGGACGAAAGCAGCUCGACUUGUCCAUUAUUAUCGAUCAAGUCACACCAGCUGGUGAUUCGUUGCUUCAUGUUGCUGCCGAAUUUGGGAGGAAAGAGACCGCAGAGCUAAUAGCUUGUUUCUUUCCAAAGCUUCUGUACAAGGGAAAUAUAAAAGGCGACACUCCACUUGAUGUUGCUGCUAGAGCCAAUAAUGAAGUGAUGGAGGCCAUUCUGUUGACAUUUGAAAAUAUUAAUACAAGUCAUUUGAUAACAUCAGAGAACAAGUUUGGAAACACGCCUUUGCAUGAAGCUGUUGUCAGCAAAAAUCUUGAUGGUGUGAAUAUACUAUUGAAAGCUCAUGACGAUGUUGCUCUGGCUCGUUAUUGGAACAACGCUUAUCCUAAUAAAUCGCCAAUGUAUUUGGCAGUCCUAACAGGGGAUUUGGAAAUUCUUCAUUUUCUCUUGCAAAUUCCAUUCUCCUCAAAUCUGACGAUUUCGAAUUGUCGAGGAAACUCUCCUCUUCAUGCCGCCAUAUUAGAACGCAAACCUGCACGCAUUGGUUACUUGGAAGGUGUUAGCAUACUGUUAAACAAAUCUACUUUGACGGCAUUCCAAAAAAAUUCAGAAGGCAAUCUUCCUGUUCAUCUUGCUUGUGAGGGAGGCCAUGUUCAGGUGGUCAAAAAAUUGCUUGAAGUAAAGUGUCCUUGGCUUGAUGUUAGGCUCUGGCUCAACAAUAAUGGCCAAAACAUGCUUCACAUUGCAGCAAGGAAUGGAGAAAAAAAUGUGGUGAAAUACUUGUUGAAAACCCCCAAAAUUAUUCAUGAUGAAACCAUGAAUGAGAGAGAUGUAAAUGGAGAUACCCCACUUCAUUUGGCUUCGAGAAAGCUUUGUUUGGACUCUGCUCCUUCCCUCACGAGACAAGAAGAUUGA